AUGUCCGAUAGAGAAAGAAAGAAGCUUCUGAAUAGACUUAAUGUCUUAUUGGAUCGAUUAUAUAAAGUUGAAGAAAACGGAUAUCUUAUAUUUCAAACAUUUCAAACAUUACCAUUAAGAACAGGAACUGAUUAUUAUAAAAUCAUUAAGAAUCCACUUUCAUUACAUGCAGUAACUAGAAAAAUCAAACAACAAAAAUAUACCAAUGCUCAAGAAUUUAUUGAUGAUUUGGCAUUAAUUUCAUGGAAUGCAAGAUAUUUCAAUGAACCAGGUUCAAUUUAUUAUAGACAUGCUCAAAUAUUAAAAGAAUUUAUAAAUACAAUUGUCCUUCCCAAAUUAAGACAAGAUAAAGCAAUCCCUCAUCAUGAAUCGUUGAUAUAUCCUCAUCUUGGAGAUUUGCCAGAUGAUAAAGAUGCACAAGAUGCACUGGGAUUCCAAUUUGAAAAUGAGCCACCAUUAAAGAAAGAAGAAUUCAUUCCUGAAAUGAGCACUACUCCUCAAGCUGAUCCUUACAUUUCAAUGGCUAAACCAUUAGUGACCACUAGCCAUCCUCAACAACUUCAACAGAUCCCGCAACCUCAUAAGGCAGCUCAACCAUUCAUACCCGCCCCUGUUCAUACUCCAAAACAUUCUUCACCCCUGUAUUCUUCAAAUAGACCGGCAAAACAAGCUGAAAGUGGUAUUAGAAGAGGUCGUCCUCCUAUUAUUGAUAAACCAUUUGAAACUCGUAUCAAGUUGAUUUUGAAAGGAUUUAAGAAAUUGCGUGAUCCAACUAAUGAUCAUAUGUUAACAAAACAUUUCGAAAGACUCCCCGAUGCAAAACUGGAUACUGAUUAUUAUGAAAGAAUUGCUAAUCCAAUGAGUUUACAAGAAAUAAGAGUAAAAGUUAGAAGUAGAAAAUAUGCCAAUGUUGAACAAUUUAUAAAUGAUUUAGAUUUAAUGUUUGCUAAUGCACAAGAAUAUUAUGGUCUGGAUCCAUAUUGUGAAGAAUUUUUAGAUUAUCAAUAUUUCAAAAAGGAAGCAAAUAAUAUCAUUCAAGUUGAAUUGGCUAAAACUGAUAAGGAAUUAUUAAGUCUUAGUACUGCAAGUAGUGAUGGAGUUUUAAGAUUCCCCUUGGAUACUUUAGAAGUGAAUGGAUAUACUUAUAAAAUCGGGGAUUGGGUAUUGAUGUCAAAUGAUGCCGAUCCUGAUAGGCCAACCGUGGGACAAAUCUUCCGUUUAUGGUCAACUGAAGAAGGAAAUAGAUAUUGUAAUAUCUGUUGGUAUUAUCGUCCAGAACAAACAUGUCAUGGUGUUGAUCGUUUAUUCUUCAAGAAUGAAGUUUGUAAAACAGGUCAAUAUAGAGAUCAUUUAAUUGAUGAUAUUGUAGGGCCAUGUUAUGUUAUCUUCUUAACAAGAUAUCAAAAGGGUGAUCUCCCUGAAGGUGUGAUUCCAGAUGGUGCUCCAUGGUUUAUUUGUGAAUUCAGAUAUAAUGAAUCAAGUCAUGUUUUCAACCGUAUUAGAACUUGGAAAGCUUGUUUACCAGAUGAAGUUAGAGACGAUCCUGAACAACCGUUGAUUCCAUUACAUGACAAUCGUAAAUUAAUCAAAUAUGAAUCUCCACUUAAAUCAUUAUUAAGACCAGAUGCUUAUGUUGGUAUGCCAAUUCCAGAACCUAGAAAUGGUCCUUCCAAUUGUCCACCUAUAACAGGACUGGUUUAUAAAACCGCUCCAUUACCAGAUGAUGAUUUAGGUCAAUAUACAACCAGUCCUAAUGUUGUUCAUCAACCUGAACAUGAUGAUCCACAAUCUGGGCGUCGUGCAUAUCUUUUCACACCAAUUUCUCAAUUGAAAGGUGGUGGUGGUGCAACUACUACUGUUUAUACCGCUCCUAAUGUACUUCCUCAUGGGUCACCUACUGCUAGUAUCGAAAGUGUGGCUGUUGCUAAUAAUCCUUCUGGGUCUACUUCUACAGCUGCUACAACUACGGGAAGAAGUGGUUCAUAUACUGAAGAUAAGCCAAUUUUCCCCGGUUCUUACAAGCUGUUACAAGCUGAAAUCCAAGAAAAUCAAGCAAAGAAAUUACAAGAACAACAAUUGCAACAAUUACAACACCAGCAACAACAACAAAUGUUUAGGAGAGCAACUACUCCUGCUCCAACUAGUAUUACACCGGUCGGUACUAAUUUCCAUACAUCAGCAUCUGCUUAUUCCACUCUACUUGCAGGUGGAGUCUUGGCUUAUGGUUUAGAUACAGAGACAAAUGAUUUAGGUGAUUUUGAUGAAUUGGUGAAUAAGAGAAGAAAAGUGGAUAAAGAUGGCAAGGAAUCUGAAGAAGUGAUAUUCUAUCGUGCUCCCCCCGUGUUGUUUAAUGGUAGGAAGAUAAUAACUAAUUCUAGAUCUGAAUUGGGACAUUCUGUAGCAUAUUUGGCUUGGAAAUUAAAGAAUAAGACUAGAGAUAAUGAAAUCUAG